AUGGAAGAAGAUAUAAAAAUUUUGCGGAAAAAUCUUGGUGAUGACCUUAGAAUAAAAUCCCCUAGAGAUGGGCAUCCCAAGGACCCGAUUAAUCUAAUUCAGAUUGAUUUUCAUGGGUGUGAUGUAAAAUUAGCAUCAUCAAUAUUACAACGUUUCAAAGAUUCAGAGAAAUCACUUCAACAAGUUCCUUGUGUAAGAUUUAUUACUGGACAUGCAAGAAAACGAGUAACUGAUGCUAAAAUACGUCCUUUGGUGUUAUCAUUUCUACAGGAAAAGGCAAUUACUACGAUUCGGAAACAAUCCUCAAGUGGAAAUUUAGAGGAUCUUUUUGAUGUUGAAGCACCGUUAUUGAGUGAUAUGAUGGGUCCGCGUAUACUUCAUAUUCACCCAGCAGCUCGAGAUUUCCCAUAA